CCCUAUUGUUGUGUGCUCAGUGGAACGCACGAAAAGUCUGUGACUUAUUCUAACCUAAAAAUAUUAUAUUUAGCUAUUAGAAUUUAAUAUGGCUCGUUUAAAACAAUUAUUUUCUAUAUAUAUCAGUAAACCAUCAUAUUUCACUGCUCCAAAUAUAAGACAUUUUUCAACUACAAUUAACGAAAAUGAUCUUCCAGUUAGCGAUUUACAAAACCCAUUUGAAAAAGAAAAAGUGAAGUGUAUUUUAUGUAAGCACAAUAUAAAACCAAAUUACAAAAACGUUCAACUGUUAACACAAUUUCAAAGUCCGUACACAGGACGUAUUUAUGGUAAACACAUAACCGGACUCUGUACAAAGCAACAACAGUUAGUUGAAAAAGAAAUAGUUCGAGCCCAAAGUUGUGGAUUAAUGCCUUAUUAUAAUAAAUUAGAACAAUAUUUGGAUGAUCCGAAGUUAUUUGAUCCUGAAAAACCAAUUAGACAGCAUAAGUAUUAAUAAUUACUAUGUACAGCAACUUAAGCCUUUGUCAAAUAUAAAAAUUUGUUGGAGAUUGGAGAGAUUCAGAUAAUUUUACAUGAAUAAAUAGUAUAUGAAGAAUAGGUAACUCUAACAUCAUUUUGGUGAUGUCUUUGAUUUUUAAAGAUCUCGAUGAGACAACGAAAAUAAAUCAUAUUACAACACAACAAAAAUUGUGGAUAACUUCUUAAAUAUCGAAAUCCCGAAAGGUGUAUUUUUGGAAAGAGUUUAUGGACCGUUAUAUCAACCCAAAGUUGAGACUCCUGCCGAUUACAACUGAUCAUUUAAUGAUAAUUAGAAAAAUUGAUGUUUUAAAUCAAAGCGUCUAUCCAAAACACUUCCCUUAGACAGACAGACAGAAGCUACUAGUCUUAGUAUUUAAUAAUUUUGUUGGCAUCAUUUUUACAUGCAUUGCAUUGUUAUUUUUAAAGUUUUCAAAAAAUAAAAAUUAAUUUUAAUAUUUUGAA